UCUCGGACUUAGAGAGAGAGAGAGAGAGAGAGAGGAGCUGAAACCAAACCAUCGACAAAUUUUCGUUUCGAUUUCGUUCCCUUUUCGCUUCAAAAAUUUCGAUUCCUCAAUCGCCCAUAACGUUUCACUCUCUCGGUGCUUCAUUCUCCCGAUCAAGGUGCAAUGGGUUGACGAAGUGGAACAAAUGUUUUAAGAAUAGAAUGAACUGACAGAGGGGUGGAAUUUGCCAAUUUGUGGAAGCGGUGGAGGCCAUUGCGGUAGGCUGAGGAGAAAAAGGAGGCGGCGAGAAGACUUUAGGGUCCCAGAGUUAACAACUUUCUUCAAAGUUUGGAAGAGAGGAAACGGAAAAACUUGGAGCUUUUAGGGUGGUUUGCACAGAGAGAAGGAAGGGGCGUUGAGCGAGAGAAAAUGGGCAAAGGACCAUUUUCUUUCCGCCGGAGCAGUAGCCGUCGCCGCCCCAAGAAGGCAGCUCAGUUAUCGCCGUCACCUCAGCCUCCGCCGAUUGGCGUAAGUUCUCCUCCUAUUAACAAUAAUAGUAGCGCCAUGGUCAGUGGUGGUGGUGGGGCUGUGGGAAAGGUGAAGAAGAAGGCUGGAGGAGCGAGGCUGUGGAUGCGUCUCGACAGAUGGGGGCAGUCGGAGCUUGUAGAGUGGGACAAGAGCGCUAUAAUACGGCGUGCUGCAAUUCCAGCUAGGGAUUUGAGGAUCCUUGGUCCUGUUUUCUCCCACUCCUCUAACAUCCUUGCCAGGGAAAAGGCCAUGGUUGUCAAUUUGGAGUUUAUAAAAGCUCUAGUUACUGCUGAAGAAGUCCUGCUACUUGACCCUCUUCGCCAAGAGGUUAUUCCAUUUGUGGAUCAGCUAAGGAAGCUACUUGCUAAGAAUAGUUCAUCUCAGACUCAGGGCCAUGGAGAUGGAACUGUGGAUGAACGUGAAAAUGAUGUGAAUGUGUCGAGAGGAGGAAAAUGGUUGCCAGUUUCGGAAGCCGUUGAAGGUGAGCAGUAUGAGCUCCCGUUUGAGUUUCAGGUUCUGGAAAAUGCGUUGGAGGUUGUGUGUAUGUACUUAGAUUCCAGUGUGGCAGACCUUGAGAGAGAUGCCUAUCCUGUCCUGGAUGAACUGGCUAGGAAUGUCAGCACCAAGAAUCUUGAACAUGUGAGGAGCUUGAAAAGUAAUCUUACCCGUAUUCUUGCACGUGUUCAGAAGGUGCGGGACGAGAUAGAACAUCUGUUAGACGAUAAUGAAGACAUGGCACAAUUAUAUUUGACAAGGAAAUGGAUGCAGAAUCAACAAUACGAUGCUUUGCUGGGAGGCAUGGCUUCCAACAGCACCACUGCCAUUGUUCCCAAUCUUCGUCGACUUAGUUCCACCAAGAGUGGAAGCGUGGUGACCAGCAAUUAUUUGGAUGAUAAUGAUGUUGAGGAUCUGGAAAUGUUGCUUGAGGCAUAUUUUAUGCAGUUGGAUGGUACACGUAACAGGAUAUUAUCGGUCAGGGAAUACAUUGAUGACACCGAGGAUUACGUCAACAUUCAACUCGACAACCAGAGAAAUGAACUCAUUCAGUUUCAACUGACCCUGACCAUUGCUUCAUUUGCCAUAGCUGUUGAAACCUUAAUUGCUGGGUUGUUCGGUAUGAACAUCCCUUGUACACUGUACAAUAAGGACGGGAUAUUCGAGUACUUCGUCGGAGGUACUUCAGCAGGUUGUUUGUUGAUUUUCCUGCUUAUUUUAGGGUAUGCAAGAUGGAAGAAGCUGCUUGGUUCAUGAUUUCACAUCAUUCAAUAUGUUUGAGCUCUUGAUUCUUAUUAAGAAAAUAAAUACUUGUAUGUUUGUGCUUCAUUCAUACAGAAUUCCAGAAGCUGUGUUUUCAAGUCCAGCCUCAUGAACCGUGUAAGUUAUAAGUUUGUGUAUACAAACUAACUGCAAUGAUAUGGAAAAAUAAUACAUCAUUUGGUUUCAACUUAA